AUGACAUAGUUACCAAAACUCAUUUAAGAAAAUUCAUUAUUUGAAUGCAGAGGUAACCUAUAAAUAAUUAUGAAGAGUCAAAAAAAGAGUAACCAGAUAACAUCAUUUUUGAUAAAACAAUUAAAAGUAUAAAAAUACAUCCAUCUAGAGGUUUCGUUUUAAAAGUCAGUCCUACCAAUCCGUAUACAUAUUUGAAUCCUUAAGAAUUAAAUGUCAAGGGUUCCAACUUAUAUAUACAAAUAUAUGUGAUUGAAAAAUUAAAAUUUAUCCUUGAACUUAUUUCUAAAGAUGAAGUAUAGUUAUCUAUAAUUAAUACAGUCUUAUAAAAUAAUUGUAGGUCCAAAUUUUCAAUAAGCAUAUUAAAAAAACAAAAAUGAAGUGAAAAUAUCAAGUGCAUUUAUAUUAACAAAAAAAUGGAUCAGUUUAGGAUUCGAUAUUGAUAGUUUUUUCAAGAUUGGAGAGAUGUAAGUUAAGAUGCUUAGUAUUUAAUCUUUAGGUAGAUUAAAAAAAAUAUACGAAUCUAAUAUUGUUAGCAAAUUAAAGUAAUAAUAAUGUAUAACAAAGUGAUGGUUAAUGUCUUAUAUAAAAGUUAAGUGAAAAAAGAAUUUUAGAAUUAUUACCAAUAAGUAUUAGAGCAUAAUCAGAAAAAUUAGAAAUUAGAAAAUAUUAAAUAACUAAUCAACAAAGACGAUUAUCUACUAUUUCUAAUUCUUAAGAUAGAAAUAUUUAAAGUUAAUCAGAUAAAAAAUCAUUCUAACCAAAAUAAAUUAAUAUCAAUUUCUAAGAGCAAACUUAAAACAUUAAUAUAAAUGGGUUAAAAAUCAAGUCCAGUUCAUAUGCUUAAAACUAAAGAAAAACUAUUUAAUUAUAGUAAACCAAAACAUCUUCAAUAAAUAAAAUUUAAUUUUAAGCAAAGCCAAUCGCAUUAGAAUAGUAAACUCUAAUUUUCAAUCAAAUUUAAGAACCAUAAUAAACUAUUUAAUAAUAAUAACAAUUAUUACUAUCAAAUUCUAAUAAGUCAAAGAAGUUACCCUAAACAGGUCCAACUCUUAUUAAAUAAUUAUCUUAAGAAUGUUUAUUAGAAAAGACUAUUUAAUUAGCAACAGGAUUGCAAAUAAUUGAAGAAGUCAAUUCCACUAAACCUCCUAUACCUUCAAAAUCCAAUUCGAAUAAAUAAAAUACAUAAAUCUAGUUAUAGAAAAAAGCUGUAUAAAGUUUUCUUAGGCACAAUCAAGAGUUUUAAAAUGGAAGUAAUUAUAUUUAAGAUCCUUAUGAUGAAGUAAAAAUAGAUAAUGAUUAAAAACAUAAACAAUCUUACAUUAGCUCUGGUGUUAAGGAUUUAUAUUAUGAAUGCGAAAAUUCUGAAUAUUAAACAAAAUAUGGAAAGUUUUCUAAUACUUUUACUCGUCCUUUGGGAUUAUCUUCAUAUAAUCAUAGGUUGGUUUCUUAAUAGUCCACUAAUUAGAAUUAAGGGAGUACGAAUGAGUAUUUUUAUUUAAGCAGUUAAUAAAUUGAAUAAAAUUUAAGUGCUAAUUAAACAGCAAAUGAAAUUGAAGAGUAAAUAGAGGCUCCAGAAUUAUAAAGUAAAAUGACAGAGGAAAGUUUCAAUUCUAUAAAUGGUUUGUAAAUAAAAUAAGAAGAUAGUUAAGAAGAACUUGCAGUUUCAAAAUUCGAAUGA